GAGAAAACCGGAAACUGCAUUCCUGACCUAAUCAUGGAUCCAAAACACAGAGCAAUUUUUGAUGCGGAGAGAUUGAAGCCAGACCUUCAGUAUAAUUUUACUCACGAUAUAUCACAAGAUCAGGAUCAGGAUACACAAGAUCAGGAUCAGGAUACACAAGAUCAGGAUCAAGAUACACAAGAUCAGGAGCAGGAUACACAAGAUCAGGACCAGGAUACACAAGAUCAGAAGCAGGAUACACAAGAUCAGGAGCAGGAUACACAAGAUCAGGAUCAGGAUACACAAGAUCAGGACCAGGAUACACAAGAUCAGGAGCAGGAUACACAAGAUCUGAAUCAGGAUACACAAGAUCAGGAGCAGGAUACACAAGAUCAGGAUCAGGAUAAAAAAGUUCAAGUAGCUCCUGGAGAUGAUUAUCAGGGAUUAAGAAGGAAUAGAAACAACUGUCACAAGGAUGAACAAGAUGAAAUAUGGCAAACCCUCACAGAAGAUAAAGCUUCUACUGUAUUCUACACACAUACCAUUGUUUCUCAACCUGCUGAGUCUACUUCUGACAAUGAUGAGGAAAAUACUGUUCUCGAGUAUACUGGAGAUCAAGCUCUGGAAAACAUUGACAAAGAGUUUACUGAAGAUGGUGAUGAGGAUGAUCAUGAAGACUGGGAAGAUGAUGGGAUGGUCUGGCAUGUUAAUGAAAAUGGAGAGCGUAUACUUCUUGAGGUUCAAAAUGACAUUUUAUUUUAUAAUAAUACUCAGGGUAUUAAGGGAGGGUAGGGUCACCACACCAUUUUUUGUCCAACCACAAAUGACGUCAAAAUUUACCAAUAUUUCGUCUGACAAUGCCUCACUUCGUCCGGCAUUGUUUAAAUUCUUUUUUAAAGAACUUUAAAUUAUUUUAUUUGAAUUUCAUAUAACGGUUUAAAAUAUUUCAUCCUGUUUUUUUUUAAAUUAGAAUAUCUUCUGAACGUACAAUGUGCAUUGGGCAUAAAACUAUUCUUGGACAUUUUUAUUUUAAAAUCCCUCAAGCAAAUCAAGUCCAUUAAGUGCAUAGAAAAAAAGUUUCUCGUGCUUUCCAUAAUUUGAUAAAGUUUAAAAGUAUUUGGUUUGUUUUAAUAAAGUGAAAUCUGCAUCUUUGGUAACUUUGAGAAUGCACACAUGAAAUGCACAGUUCUGUUUCUUAAAAUUAAAAACUUUAUGAAAAGAGUUUCUAAGAAUCAUAUUUGAAAUACUAGAUUGACAAAUGAAUACCACAAUUUGCAAUUAUAUAGUCUCUCAUUUGCUAUCUUAAGUGGUACACCCUAUAUGUAAAGCAAUUUGAAUUACAAUAGCUUAAAGUUUUAAAAGCUCUGUCAAACAAAUAUAUUUACUUUACAUUUCUGACACGUUUAUUAAACUUAUGACAGUGGAUUGAAUCUGAAUUUGAUCUGAAUCAAUACAGUGUAACAAUGUGUACAGUGAUGACAAGCAAACUGUGGAAUAGGAAGACGACAUUUUGUGUAUUUGAUAGAAUUACUAGUGACUUAUUAAAUAACGUAUCUAGUAAAUGGAGUCUGUUUACACUGCACAAUAUUUUUUAUGUUCAUUGGACUUUCUAACUUUCGAUAUAACAGGUCUUCUAUUCCAGAGUUUUCAGGUUAUUACUGUAGAUUGUGGAAAGGACCUUUUAACAACAACAACGCUGAAAUAAUAUGUAGAAAGGUGUCUUGUCGCAGUGUCAAUCUUCUGAAUUUAAAACUCCGAAAAAGACGAUCCCCCGGAUAGACAAACCCUAAAAACUAACUCCAGAAUUUUUUGAUUUAGACUUUUAGAGAAUUUCUAGCUCGCCCACGUUCGGGUAAUAAUUUUAGUUGCCAUAAAAAAUUGGGGUCCCUCGCUUAAUCCGUUUAAACGUAAAAACAAACUAUAUAAUGGGCAGCCAUUUACAUUUUACAUACAAGAAUUCACAUUUUUCUUUUAAUGUUUUUAAAUUAUAUGUUGUUCUUUCAGAACAAGGUUUUUGAACCAACGAAAACAUAAUACUAUAAAUGUUUCAACCAUAACAAAAACAAACAUUAUUCAAGUUGGAUUCGGGAAGAAAUUGUUCUAGACUAAAAUGGAGUGACUGGUUAGGUAUGGGAGUUGAACUGAGAGUGCAGAAUUAUAGAAAACUUUUUAGGAUUAAUUUGAUAUCUAUAAAA